AUGAGCACGGUUUGGGCACAGGUGCCAUCUUGGGCUCCACAAGAAACUUACUUCGUUUUCCUGUGGCGAUGGUCGUAGCCCAGGCGGACUUCGUUGUUUUCUGUUGCCGACUUGGUCAUUUAUUUUGAACAAAGAUUAGAGUCGUUUCUUUUAUUUCCUGCCACUGUUUUGGCCUCUGCCUAAUUUUUUGCCACUCAGAAAACAGCAGGACAUGAAAGAGUCGCAUUAAAAUCAGCCUUUUAAAUUAGGGUACGGAUUGAGGGUCUGGCUGAGUGGUUAAAACGUUGACUUACAUACACCACAGGUCUGGGAUUCACUCUCCAGCACCGGGAGGAAGUGGGGAUAUAAGUCUUACUAUGAAACUGAUACCAUGUUUGACCAGGAAAGGCUAUCAGUUAAACUGGUAAUUGUCAUUGAGUGUGAGUUUAUUAUAAUCUAUUUGGGGGUUAGGGAAGGAGCUAAUAUAGGGUCUCAUGUAGCCUAGACUAGCCUCACACUUGCUAUGAUGCCAAAGGAUGACCUUGAACUUCUGGACUUCCUGCUUCCAUCUCCUAAAUGAUGAGACUGCAGACAUUUAGCCUCGCUUCCUUCCCUAAACUCAGCAUGGAGGAGAAGUCAGAAAACUAUAAGGUUCCAGAAGAUCUGUUCAAUGGUUUGAAAGUUACAGACUCUCAGGAAGCAGUGUCUGCUAGCCCCCAGGUUCCUGAUCCCGAGGAUCAGAGCAAGCCACUAAAGGAUGCUGAAACGUGUCCCCAGGAGGACCAUGGGGAAGAGGAGUGUUUUCAUGACUGUAGCGCCUCAUUUGAGGAGGAGCAAUCAGGGGCGCACAUGUUGGGGAACAAAGCCAGUGAUGAUUCAAGUUCUGAAUUGGAUGAAGAAUACCUAAUUGAACUGGAAAAAAACAUGCCAGAAGAAGAAAAACAGAAAAGAAGAGAAGAGAGCGCUAAACUAAAGGAGGAGGGGAAUGAACAGUUUAAGAGAGGAGAUUACGUAGAAGCUGAGAGUUCUUACAGUCAAGCCCUUCAGAUGUGCCCAUCCUGUUUCCAGAAAGAUCGAUCUGUUCUGUUUUCAAAUAGAGCUGCUGCAAGAAUGAAACAGGACAAGAAGGAGGUGGCCAUCAGUGACUGCAGCAAAGCAAUUCAGUUAAACCCUGACUAUAUCCGUGCAAUACUAAGGAGAGCAGAGUUGUAUGAGAAAACGGACAAACUAGAUGAAGCACUGGAAGAUUAUAAAUCGAUAUUAGAAAAAGAUCCAUCAGUCCAUCAAGCAAGAGAAGCUUGUAUGAGAUUACCUAGGCAAAUUGAAGAACGUAAUGAAAAAUUAAAAAAAGAGAUGUUAGGUAAACUAAAAGAUCUCGGCAACUUGGUUCUGCGGCCUUUUGGGCUCUCCACAGAAAAUUUCCAGAUCAAGCAGGAUUCUUCUACAGGCUCCUACUCCAUCAAUUUUGUUCAAAAUCCAAAUAAUAAUAGAUAACAGAAAUAACAGUAGUCUUAAAGGCUGACUGGGAGGCCAUGUACUGUUCGAAAGGAGCAAGGCCCUGCAGGUGUUUGAUAUUUAAAGGUAUCUUAUCUAGGAAAGGCUGUGUAGUAGAGCCCCAGCUGCCUUCUUGCUCUUGUUUUAUGAUCAGGGUGGAAUGUGCCUCCUGAUGUAAUCAGCCUCAUUAAUUUCCAUUUUAAGGUGGUGUCUGUGCAGCUGUUGUCCCUGGUUCUGGCUGUUUUUUUGUCUGGCAGGGAAACCUGCUUGUCAAGGCUGAACUCUUAGAGCCACACAAAUGUGCUAUCCACCAAAAGCCUUCCCCCUAACCAUGCAAGCCUAUCAGUUGGGUGAUGACCAUACGUGCUGGACAGGGUCCCUUCCUGCUGCCCCUCCCUGCUCAUACUCAUUCAGAGGCUUGCAGUACAGGGGCUUCAGCAUUCUUGAGUUCCUCCAUGUUAAUAAAAGCUUUCCAAGACUG